AUGGCUCAGCGCCAGGGCACUCAUGUGCCUGCUGUGCGUGCUGCUUCAGAGAAGAAUCUCGGCAUCACGCAACGCUCAGCUUCGAUUAACUUCUCCUGGACUGGUGACAUCAGAAAGCGCUAUACCGACUUCCUUGUUUAUGAAAUCCGCAAGGAUGGCACAACCGUUCACCUCCGCGAGUAUGAGGAGCAGCAGCCAUCGGUACCCAAGCCUGCACCAGCCAAACCUACACCAGACACUGUCGCUCCUUCCACUGAGCCCGGAAUCGAAAUCGAGCCUGUUUCCGAUGAAGACAGGAAAAGGCUGGUCGACUUGAUUGGUGAGUCGGCCACUGAGAAGCUGAUCAAGCUCGAUGAAGCUGUUCAGGCGAAGCAGACCAUUUCCGCUGGAGAGCGGACUGUGGUUUUCGACCCCAUCACCGAUCGCGCCCAGCGCGCUAGCCUUCACCAAGAGAUCCGCCGUAUCUUCGACAAUCGCAUCGAGACACUCGCCAAUAACACUGGCGUCAUCACCGCUACCCCUUCAAAGUGGUCAAAGAACAACCGGGUGGGUGGACAUGGGCCCCGCGCCAAUAACAGCAACAACAGCCGCUCACGGGAUCAGAGCAAGAGCUUUACUCAGCUGGGCGGCGAGUAUCUCCACUUCACCAUGUACAAGGAGAACAAGGAUACCAUGGACGCAGUGAACACCAUUGCCCGUCUACUCAAGGUGAAGGCCACCAACUUUGGCUUCGCUGGAACCAAGGAUCGUCGCGCUGGUACAGUUCAACGCAUCAGCGUACACCGCCAGCGAGCCUCGAACUUGAUUUGGCUCAACACACGCCUGCCCAACAUUAAGGUUGGUGAUUUCUCUCAUUCCAAGGAGCCUCUCCAGUUGGGUCAGCACGGCGGCAACGAGUUCGUAAUCACGCUCAAGAAUUGCAAACCGCUCGGAGGCGCGGGAUGCUCUGUCGACCAGCGCGUCAGGAAGUUGCGAGAAGCAGUUGAGUUUGGUCUGGCCUACCUCCAGCGCCAUGGCUACAUCAACUAUUACGGCCUCCAACGUUUCGGUACCUAUGCGAUCGGUACCCACCUCCUGGGCAUGAAGGUGCUAAAGGAGGAUUACGAGGGUGUGCUUGACGACAUCCUCCAUGUCGAGGACCACUUCUUGCAUGAGGCGUUCGACCUUGAAGAGCAAGAACCCGCCCACACCAACGACUUCCACAAUAGCCGCGAUGAUUACAAUCGUGCGAAGGCCAUCACCAUCUGGAAGACUACCCGGAACGCCGAGAAGGCAUUGGCCAUCCUUCCGAAGCGGUUCAGCUCGGAGGCCGCCAUCAUCCGCCAUCUUGGCAAGAACUCGAAGGAUUUCAUGGGCGCCCUUCUGAGCAUUACUCGUGGUAUGCGCAUGAUGUACAUCCACGCCUAUCAAUCCUACGUCUGGAAUCACAUGGCCAGCAAGCGAUGGGCCAUGUACGGGCCUACAGUCGUCGAAGGGGAUCUGGUAUUGGUCAGCAAUGACCAGUCGCCUGCUGAUGCCGAUUCCGAGGACAACGAAAACUUUUACGCUCAAGCCCGUGCCCUCACACAAGAAGACAUCGCAAGCGGAAAAUACACCAUUUUCGACGUUGUCCUACCUACACCUGGCUACGACGUGAUCUACCCGCGGAACGAGAUUGGCAAGGCAUAUGUUGACUUCAUGAAGAAGACAGAAAACGGUGGCUUGGAUCCGUACGACAUGCGUCGCCGCCAAAAGGAGUUCAGCCUUAGCGGCAACUAUCGUCAUCUGUUGGGCCGGUUUAUCGGCGAACCCCAAUACGCUAUCCGCGUCUACAACGAUGACACAGAACAGAUGUAUCCUACGGACCUGGACUUCUGCAAUGCGGCCAAUGCAAAGAAGAAGGCCGCCACGGCCAAGGCCCGCACAUCUCCGCCUCUCCUUGCGAAUUGGGCGCACUUCACCAACAACACUGCCCAGUAUGACCAGGCAAUUACCAAUGAACGUCGCCGCAAGGCCUCCCAGUCACCGGAGUCUGAUAGAGUGGUCGUAGCCAGAGAAACUUGGAUCCAGACCGGGCUUGACGGCAGUGACAAGCGCGUUAAGAUCGCGCGUCACACGGAGGAGUAUGAGACCAAGGUGCCUGUCGAGCAAAUCAAUGAGAAGGUUACCGAUAAUGCUACCAAUGGCAUCAUCUCCUCCAGCGCCACCCAGACGCCGACGCUGGCCAAGGGAUUAUCGGAUCUCUAUUACGAGUCGACCGCUCAACAAACGGUCGUCAAAUCAGAGGAUGGCACCAUUAAGCAGGAGCAAGACGUCAUGCUGACUGAAGAGUCCACGGCUUCCAAGGCUGAUACUAUGGAGGUCGAUGCUGUUACCCACGAGGCUACUCCCCAAAUCAACCAGUCCGCGCUCGCUGCAACCGAAAACUCGAUGGUCAUCCACAACGGCGAAAAGGACGGUGAAACCGACACCAAGGAGACGGCAAAUCUGAUUGUCCCUGUUCUUCAUUCCCCCUCGGAGAACCCUCUUGCUUCUGUCGACAAUUCAGAGGUUAUUCGUAGUAGCCCUGAUGCCAGCAAGCUUGCUGUUAUUCUCAAGUUCCAGCUGAGAAGCAGCAACUAUGCAACUGUUGUUCUCCGUGAGCUCAUGGGCACCUUGGAGGAGGAGGACGCCGCUGACGACGUCUCCUUUGAUGGAAACUAG